AUGGUUGGCGCCCGCCACCUGCCGCCCUUCCGACAACCCAAGGGACCAGCGAUGUGGUCCUACUCGACAUCUCCAUAUCGAAAAAAGAAGGGAAACUCGCAUCCGACAAAUCGACCGGCGACAGGACAACAUGUCUGCUCCGAGUCGCCCAUAUAUCUCACAGGGGCGGGUAUUACAGAGGUAAAUGACUCUGUCUUGCUGGUUAUUGCAAGAAGUGAAGGUGCUGAUGAUUCAUUGUUCCGGUAUAGCCCGCCGCUCACUGCUCGCAUUCGUGAGUUCUUUAGUAGUGCAUAUAUAUUCAUUGGACUAUAUUUGACUACACUUUUCUCGUUUGACGCAUAUGCGGCUGCCGAAUCAUCGUCUUUCAAUAUACGCAGACGAUCACCUGGCUCAGGUGCAUCCAUCCGACGGGGCUGGGGUGGUGGAGGUGGUGGUAGUGGAGGUGGUGGCGGUCCAGGAAGCGGAGGUGGAGGAGGCAGGCGGCUUGGGACCGUAGACGAUAUUCGCGGUCCGGAAUGCCAGAGUUGCAAGUGA